GAUGCGUAAAGCGCAUGCGCCAAUAUUUUUGAAGGCCCGUGACUAGCUCGUGUGCUAAUUCAACGUUCGUAACAUAAGAGAGAUUUUCAUAAUUAAAAACCGUCCGCUAGCAAAAUUCAUUCCUGUAUACGCCACCUGUUUCGGGGUCGGUCCGAUUCGCACCCACAAUGUCGUUCCCUCCUCAUUUAAAUCGGCCGCUUUUACCACCUCCUGGGAUGCCCCCUCAGUAUGCUGGCUUCCCCUCAGGAACUCCGAUGAUUCCAGUUCACAUGGGUAUCAUGACCCCUGGCCCUACUGUCAUGGUGCCCUCUGUGCCAGUGGUCAGUAAACCUGCACUCCCCAAGAGAGACAUUGCUGCUGUACGGGCCAAAGAGAAUGAUGAGAACAGUGGGCCCACCACUACAGUGUUUGUGGGGAAUAUAUCGGAGAAGGCUUCAGACAUGCUCAUCAGACAGCUGCUGGCGAAAUGUGGAAUCGUUCUGAGCUGGAAGAGGGUUCAAGGAGCCUCUGGCAAGCUUCAAGCAUUUGGUUUCUGUGAAUACAAGGAGCCAGAGUCCACAUUGCGAGCCUUGCGGCUACUCCAUGACCUGCAGAUCGGAGACAAAAACCUGCUGGUAAAAGUGGAUGCCAAAACCAAAGCUCAGCUGGAUGAGUGGAAGGCCAAAAAGAAGGCUGCAAAUGGGAAUAAGAAUUCUCAAGAUGGUGGAGACGAUGAAGAAGAGGUUCUAGAUGAGGAGACAAAGAAGAAAGAUCAGAUAAUCAAAGGUGCCAUCGAUGGAUUGAUGCGGGAAUAUGCUGCAGAACUUAAUGCACCUUCCCAGGAUGACGAGUCCCAGCGAAGAAAAAGAAAAAAGGAGAAAAAAGAAGAGGAUGACAUUAACACUAUUGACAUGGAGGAGGACAAGAGGGACCUGAUUUCCAGAGAGAUUAGUAAAUUUCGUGACACUCACAAGAAACUAGAGGAAGAGAAGGACAAACGGGAGAAGGAGCGGUUGGAGUUUGAGCGUGAAAGGAGGGAGCGGGAAAAAGAGCGAGAGCGGGAACGAGAGCGGCGGGACCGUGAGAGGGAGAAGGAACGGGAGAGGGAACGGGAGAGGGAAAGAGAGCGAGAACGAGAGAGAGAUCGAGACAAAGACCGUGACCGCAGGACCAGAGAACGAGACCGAGAGAGAGACAGAAGCCGUGAAAGGAGCCCUGACCGCAGCCGAUCCAGGGAGGUAAGCCGAGACAGAGAAAAGAAGCGAGACCAAGAGGAUGAAGAGGAGGCGUAUGAACGCAGGAAGCUGGAGAGGAAACUCCGAGACAAGGAAGCAGCUUAUCAGGAGCGUCUAAAAAACUGGGAGCUCAGGGAAAGGAAAAAAGCGCGAGAUUAUGCCAAGGAUGCAGAGAGAGAAGAUGAGCGCCGGCGAGAAAUGGUAAAAGAAGGCAAACGACUGAAAGAGUUUCUAGAAGACUAUGAUGAUGACAGAGAUGACCCCAAGUAUUACAGGGGCAGUGCACUGCAGAAACGUCUCAGAGACCGAGAGAAGGAGAUGGAGGCGGAUGAGCGUGACAGGAAGAGAGAGAAGGAGGAGCUGGAGGAGAUCAGACAGAGGCUGCUAGACGAGGGACAUCCAGACCCAGACGCAGAGCUACGCAGGAUGGAGGAGGAAGAGGAGGAGCGUCUAAGACAGCUUCCCAUCAUCCAAGAGCCGGAACCUGAGGAAGAACGGGAACGACACAGGGGUUCACGAGAACGCCGAGAGCGUCGACAGGAACCGGACAGAACGGAAUCACGCUCACGGCGCAACCACUCAGACGAUGAGGUGGAGGAGGGUGAGGAGGAGGAUUAUGACAAUGAUGGGGAUAACUCUGACGCCAAACCUUGCUUAAAGCCCACAAUGCGGCCCAUCACAGCAGCACCUUCAGUGUCGUCUGCCAGUGGCAAUGUGUCCCCAAACACACCUGGAGAUGAAUCACCCUGCGGCAUCAUCAUCCCUCAUGAGAACUCGCCCCCUGAGGCUCUGCCACAGGAGGAACACAGGCCAAAGAUUGGCCUCAGCCUGAAACUUGGAGCAACAGGAAGCCCCGGCCAACCCAACGCAGGUAAGAGGAAGAAGCUUCCCGUGGACAGUGUUUUUGACAAGUUUGAUGACGAGGAGGCUGAUGAACAACCACGCAAGAGGAAGCUAGUGCCCCUGGAUUAUGAUGAUGAAAAGAGCCUCGGGGUGGAUGGUGCUGGGCUCUCCAACAUUAAGGGAGCAAAUGCUGAGGAGAAACGCAAACACAUCAAGAGCCUGAUAGAAAAGAUUCCCACAGCAAAACCUGAGCUCUUCUCCUACCCACUGGAUUGGUCUAUGGUGGACACGACCCUAAUGGAACGGCGUGUUCGGCCAUGGAUUAAUAAAAAGAUUAUCGAGUACAUCGGUGAGGAAGAGCCAACGUUAGUGGACUUUGUCUGCUCCAAGGUGAUGGCUCACAGUAUGCCACAGAGUAUCUUGGAUGAUGUUGCCAUGGUCCUUGAUGAAGAAGCUGAGGUAUUCAUUGUGAAGAUGUGGCGGUUGCUCAUUUAUGAAACUGAAGCUAAGAAGAUUGGACUGGUGAAAUAAGCAAAACAACCACUGAAUGAAGAUGAUUUUUUUCCCACCUGUACAACCUGUUUAAUAGUAUAGUGAAAUUGUGUCACACCAAACAUAGUGACUUGUCCAAAUCAGUAUAGACUGUAUCAGCAGAUUCUACUCAUUUUCACCAGUUGUUCAGGUUACAUCUUUUUUUUUCUUUUCUUUCCCCCAACAUACUCAGGCUACAUCUGCCCCCUAUUUGCAGGUAGUGACUAUGACAAUGUUCUUUUGUGUAUAUACAGUACUUCACUGUUUGGCUGUGAUGAAAGGAAGCUACUGACAGGCACACGGGACCAUUGUUAAGUUGCAGAUGGGGUCCUACACUUUCUAUACUGGGUUGGAUGCCAACACACACUUUGUGGGACGAGUAACCAGCCGCAGGCAAUCGGUUUCCUGCAUCAUGAACUUUACUUCAAAGCUGUGGAGGUUUGGCAACUGGCUUAGUUGAAUGUGUUUUUUUUUUUUUUUUAAUGUGGACGUAGACAUGUAUAACCACUACAAGGAUGUAAUGUUUUUUUAACAGGGGUAUUUAUUAUGGGUUUUGGACACAACUCCGGUUUAUUUCUGUUCAGUAGACACAUCUUCACCUUUUAUUUUGUUCAUCACAUUCCUGAUAAAGUGUUGGUAGUUUCUCAUCGCCA